AUUUCUAUUGAUACGAAAGGGACGUUUAACAUAUUGUUGUUAUUAAUACGAUGAUAAUCCAUCACGUGAAAUUAUAGUGUUAGAUGUGAACUCGAUAAGUCAAGCAAAGGACCUUAAAAUCUAAUGCGGGAUGAGGACGCGAUUUGGGUGUGAAAGUUGCUCCCAUCAUCAUCAAUGUCGUUUAUUAACUUCGAACUAACUUGCCCAGUCGGUAAGUUCGAUUUUAAGGUAUCACUUUGAGGCACCAGUUCGUGAUUUCACAUCGAAAUGUCACAUACCAGCUCCAUAUGAAUUCUGCUUGAACGUUGAACUUCGCCGAACGUAGCAUCAAAGGUAUCGAAUUAUCACAAUCGACUUGAACGUUAAUGGUACUAUCUAGUAGCACGAGGUAACUUAUUUGACUUAAACGAAUCAUCUUUUGGGACGUGUAGCGGGUUUGAUACGUGUAGAGCUAUGGAGGAGAGGGAACGAGGCAUACUGGAGCGGAACUCCGGCUUGCUCGUCGGCAAUAUUGUCAUGGGCAAGGAGUUCUUCCGGUUUCUCCGUGCCGAGCACGUGCUCCCAGAUACUAUGGUGAAUGACAUCCAGUCAAAUAAAUGCCAAGUCACCAGAAACCGGAAGUUGCUAGAGGUGCUACGCCUCCGUGGUGGAGACUCAUACCGGAAGUUCCGCCAUGUUUUGUAUCUUUCGGGCCACCAGUUGCUUGCCGAUCAUCUCUAUGGAGAAGAUUUUGAAACGAAGCUGUGGAGAGGAGACGAGUUAUUCUCGAAGUUUCCCAAAGUCUUCCACCAUGUCAGCGAUGACUGCAAGGCGAAAAUACUGAAAUUCCUCGAAACCAAGGUCAAGGAAAAGGCCGUCACUAACGCUUGGUUGACGUCAAGCUCUGAACGCCUCGAUCUGAUGGAAUCCAGGAAAAUCAUUUUUGAUGCAGAGAAAGACUACAAACUGAAGUUGGAGACGAAGUCGAAAAAGGUGCUACAGAUGAAGGACGAUGUGACGCGGCUAACGGAGGAAAUCAAGAAGCGGGAUGGGGAGCUGAGUCGCAUGCAACAGGAGGUGGGACUUAUGCAAAAGAACUUCAAGGAAGAUCUGGCCACGCAGUCACGCUUCAACGCCGCCAAUAGCAACUCCAUCAUGCACUUGAAAGGACGUUUCGACAAUUUCAACGAACGCGUCAGAAACGUUAACGUCGCAAUACGCCGUUUCCUCGAGCCCGACAACGUGCACGUGGACGAAGACCCAGAAAACGUGAAACUCUCUGCGUUAGAGAAGAAUGUGCGGAAGCUGACGCUCGUUGCGAGGACCAACAUAGAGACGACGUCGAGCAACACAAACGAGAAAGAGGCGAUACUGAGCAUACUGAGGACGUCAUCGAAGAGCAAGAACCAGACCUUGCUGGAGAUUGUGCAACACUAUGUAGACAAGCAAGAGAAAGGGAAGACGGCCCUGGGCAAGGAGUUGGAGAUGCUGUUAGAGGUGGUCCGGGGCAACAGGUUCACGGCGAAGAUGUCGACAAAGCCUAACACAGAUUUGAAAUACUUGAGGAAUCAGAUGGCCAUGCUGAGGGAAGAGGUGGAACACAUGAAGAAGAAGUUAGAAUGGAAGGAUGCGCAGAUUACCGAUCUCAUCAAGGAAAACAGCGACCUCAAAGAUCAGACGACAAAACAGCCAUAUUCACAGAAAACAGUCUCGUUUCCGCAGCUGUCGUCGAAUCCGCCCGGAUCGCAUGGGGUUUCGAGAGACACGCCCGACUCGACCAGAGAUAUGGAUAAGGCUUAUCAGCAGUUCAAUAGGUAUAUUGAAGGCUCUACUACACCACCCCCUUCUCGCCGAACCAGCACGUACAGACGCGGAUCAAUUGCAGAGGUGGCUCUUGAAACCGAACAGCCCGUAGUGCUUAAUGACGUGAGAAGUCGACGUAAUUCGAAGUACGACUAUAGCGGUAUCGAUAUUCUCGGAACUUCUUCUCAGUACAGGCGUAGCUCUACUGAUAUAAACUCUAUAGAGAUUGCGCGGGAAAUUAAGAACGCGUCAGCUAGCGGUUUGGACAAAGCUAUUGCCACUAAGAACGCGUCUCUUAAUGUUUUGGACAAAGCAACCGCCACAAACGUUCAUUACCCCCGUCCACGCCCCGAUGAUAAAGGUAUCGAUGACGUCAAACGACGAAAUGACGUAAUGCCGGAUUUGACGUCAGAGUUCUCUCGUGGCGGCAGACGACCAUCGCUUGCCGAGCUGAUAACGAUUUAUGAAAACUCGCAAGAUGAUCAUGUGGCCAAUGAAGAAAACAACAAAACACGACUUCCAGUUUUACAAGAAACGUGAAAUAAUUCUUCGUUGUUGAGACUAAGCGAACUUUUAAUUACCAUGGCUUGUUGAACAUGUGAUGCAUUGAAAUACGAUAGUUGCUGAUUAAUGUCAGGCAGCCGGUACAAGAUUGGUUGUUUAAAAGCCGCAAUCGAGAUGACACAUAUUUGUACCUUUCUGUAUAUCUUUUCGUCUUUAUAUUUCCUGUAUCUCCACAUGUUCCUUCUACACGGAAAUUAAGUCAGCGUAAACGUAAUCGCGGCGUUAGUUGCUGAUUUAUCCCGUUCAAAGGCUACAUCGAAGAAAUCUCCAUCAACAACACGACCAAGAGCAUGGCUGUGUUGCAGUUUAUAUUAUUAUUGGUCACUAAAUUGUAUGUAUAACUUAAUAUUAUUUAUAAAACAAUUAUAAAAUUUA